AUGUUAGAUCUUUUUACCAUCAUUACCAAGGGUGGUUUUGUAUUAUGGCAAAAGACAUUUGCACCCAUCUCUGGAUUUCCUGUUCAAGAAUUGAUUAAAAAUGUCUUGAUUGAAGAACGAUCGGGCACAACAGAGUAUAUCCAAAACAACUAUGCUCUAAGGUGGACAUUUGCAAAUGAAGCUGAACUCAUCUUUGUUGUCGUCUAUCAAAAGAUUCUCACUCUCAACUAUCUUGAAGAACUCUUGGAGACUGUCAAACGUGUCUUUUUAGCUACCUUUCAAGACAUCCUCCAAAAGGACUCAAACGGUGACUUUACUUCCUUUGGUCCAAUUUUUGAUAAAUUACUAAAACAGGUGGAAGAGAAAUAUGCAAAUCUAAGACAAAAAGCACCAAGAAAGUUUGAAAAUACAAAAAAAUUUGAAAGUACUCUAAAGGCUUCUCAAGCACAGAAUAUGGGAGCUCUUCCAGUAUCUACUGCAGCAAACACACAAGUGGAUGAAGAUGAAAUUGCUAAAAACAUCCGUGCACUAAAGAUUCAAGGUAAUAGUCCACGAACAAAGGGAGCCAAGAAACCUGCAAAGACGGUCAAUAAGCAGCAGAUACCAGAAGAUACACAAAAGAAGAAGAAAUCACAAAAGCAAGCUCGUGUAUGGGACGGCCAGAUUUCAAAGGGAGAAAUGGAAUCAUUGGACUAUUCGUCCAAAUCAAAUGGUGCUGAUGAAGCGCCAGAGACAGUUGCUUCUCAAUGGGUGGAUGAAUCCAAGCUGGGUAAAAAGAAUGAAAAGGGAAUUUACGAAGUUCAGGAUAUCAUGCAACAGGAGAAUGAAGAAGACGAGGAUGAGGAUGAGGAACUAGAUUUUGAUCAGCCAGUUGAUCUGCAAAAGAAAUCGGGUGGAUUGUUUUCCUAUCUAAAGUCAUUUACAGGCUCAAAAGAAUUGACAGCAGAGACACUAGAUCCAGUGAUUGCAACUAUCAGAGAACACUUGGUUGCUCAAAACGUAGCGACAGAAAUUGCUGAUCAUCUGUGUCAAAGUGUCAAAUCAAGUCUCCUUGGAAAAAAACUUGGCAGUUUUGAAAGAGUGUCUACCGCGGUCCGAAAUAGUAUGGAAGCAGCACUUAAACGUAUCUUGACACCCAAGACUUCCCUAGACAUCCUACGUGACAUUGAACAAGCCAAAUUAGAUAAACGACCUUAUAGCAUCUGUUUCAUUGGUGUGAACGGUGUUGGCAAAUCGACCAAUUUGAGUAAAGUCUGUUUCUGGCUGCUCCAAAACAAUUAUAAAAUCCUGAUUGCUGCUUGUGACACUUUCCGUAGCGGUGCCGUUGAACAGCUCCGUGUACAUGUCCGUAAUCUUCGUGCACUUCAAACAAGCGGUGAUGGCCAAGUUGAAUUAUUCGAGCGUGGUUAUGGAAAAGACUCUGCAGGAAUUGCCAAAGAUGCCAUCAGCUAUGCUACUGCCAAUCAUUUUGACGUGGUCUUGAUCGAUACAGCAGGCCGUAUGCAAGACAAUGAACCACUGAUGAGAGCACUUUCUAAACUCGUAUCUGUCAACCAACCAGACAAGAUCAUCUUUGUGGGAGAAGCCCUAGUGGGCAAUGAAGCAGUAGACCAAUUAACCAAAUUCAAUCAAGCGCUCAAGGAUUUUUCUGGUUUACAGAAUCCAAGACAUAUCGACGGCAUGAUCCUAACCAAAUUUGAUACGAUUGAUGAUAAAGUAGGUGCUGCCCUUUCCAUGACCUACAUCACUGGCCAGCCUAUUUACUUUGUGGGCACUGGACAAACAUAUACGGACUUAAAAAAUCUCAAGGUGUCUCAUGUCGUUCAUAGUUUACUAAAGAAAUAA